AUGCUUUGUAAGUAUCUUAAGGAUUAUGCUCCAGAACGUAUAAAGAGUGUGGAAUUACUGUUUCCAGUGGUGGGUCACUCGUUCCUACCACCAGACCGUGUAUUUGCACAAAUAGAAAAAAAUAUUAAAAAGAACGAGGUUAUAACUAAUCCGCAAGAUUACUACAAAAUAUUCAACGAGCAUGGGACCGUUCUGAAACUGGGUUCAGAAAUUAUAGUUCAGGAUUGGAAAGAGGCAAGUACUGAAAUAUUAAAAGGAACGAACGCCAUGCAUUUUUCUAUUAAGCAAUGUAAGCGGUUUUUCAUUAAAAGAAACAAACAGAAGCUAAAUGUAUUAGUAAGGGCAGAAGAAUCUUAUCAUAAUGCUUUGGGCACCUACAAAAAUAUUUGCAAGAAGAAUAAAACCGUUAGUCUAAUAAAUCCUAAAAACAAACAUAUGAAUGUGGCGGUUAAGAAAGAAAAACGGUACGAUGUUAUUAAAUUUUUGAAAGCUCAUUACGGAGACCAGUGGGAACUUUUGCCAGAUCUAGAGUACUAUAAAAAUGUAAUUCAAAGGUCAAUUAGUGAUAACAGUAUUUCUUAUUCAAAUGAAAGAUGUGAGAUGGAGGAAGAAUUGCCCAAUUUGAUUAUUUAA